CCGUGGUACGCGAGGCUGACUCAUUUCGCGCAGGAUUCCCUCUCUACAAGAAAAUCUGCAUACCGGCCGCAGCUUAAUCGCAUUCCUCGGGAUCGUAAACGCGCCGCGUAUAUAACCGAUGCUCGGUCAAUCUGUUCUCCCAAUCGCGACCUAAGUCUCGGCCGAAACGGAAACCGCAGUGAAACAACCGCGACCGAACGAACCGUCGACCACCAUGUGGACCGCGCUAUUGCUGUUGUUCUUGGUCUCGUUCGAUAUUGGAGCGGCUGGGAGGCCCUGGCAGGCGGAGAGCUCCGACGCACGGCCGGAUUCCUCCGAUCCGAAUUUGCAGAACGCCGGAAACGCGGCGGCACGGCUUCCGAGGAAAUUCCGCGGGAACAGCCGCACCAGGAGAGUGCACAUUGAAAACCAGACCGGCUUCGAUGGGAAAGUGGAGAAGAUCCAUAUUAACUCCGACGAGGAUCUUCCUGGUGUUCGAGCGUACGGAACGGCGAAGAAGAAUCUAGAGAAUAAUGGACACAUUCAGGAGAUCGUGGAAAAGAACGUCGAGGGGGUGAUCGAGUACAGACCGAGAAUUGUCAGAUCGAUCGAGGCGUACGGGAAGUCCAAGGAGCAUCUGACGACCAACGGAGAAAUCGAGAUUGUGCAGAAACCAGUUGUUGUCGUCAGACAACAGACGCGAAGAGGCGCAGCUCCGAGAUCGGCGAGGUCCAUCGGCGCGACAGCGAAACCGGAAGCGGCGGACGGCAGAAGGAAGGACUCCGAGGACCUGGAGGCACAGGACGCGAAAGUGUUCAGACCUUUGUUCGUCUACAGGCAACAGCAGGCGAAGAGGCAACACCGUGUCAAUAAUUACGCUUACGGCUACCAACCGUACAGGCCUUACUAUUACCGUCUGCCAGCUUACUGAAAUCCUUUCACCCGGUGACGCGUACACGUCUCUAAUUGCCUGUAAUAAUCGUCGAAAUCCUUUAGACGUCGACGGGGAAACGAUUUAACGACGCGCGAGAGGCUCUUCUCCUCGAGUCGUAACGAGGCUUCGAAUCGAGCCGCGGAUGUUUAUAUGCAAAUUCUCGGUUUCUUCUUUCAGUCGCCGCGACUGCUUCUCUCAUCGAAAUCGAAUCGCUAAAAGAUUAUAUUAACAACAAUGAAUUUCAUGAGAUUCAAGUUUCAUCGAAUUAAAAAAAAAAGAAAAAAUCGAAAUGGAACAUAAGGCGUACUGAUUAACGUGUCCGCUGGCACUUCUCGAGUUCAAGGCUGGCCUCUUCGUCGUUCUCUCUGGCGUCUUGUGCCAUUUCUGUCGUUCGCAAAUACAUUCUUACCGAAGAUAUUUAUCGGUGCACUCGAUGAAAGCGGUAAAAAAUUGUCCCCGAUCAAUCCAGAGAAGGCCUGAACUUUAAUGUUAAAUCGGUUUUAAUAUGUUAGCGCGUAUAAAUCGCUGUAAAUGCAUAAGCAUUCGUGACCCUAAUCGAUCGAAUCGCCGUUUCUUUAGUGCCAUAAAUCGUGAACAUUCUUUCCGAUGCUGUAAACGUCGCCGCAUCCUUGCGUCGGGGCGACAGAAUAUUUUAGAAAAUUAAUUUUUCCGUGAAACAUAGUUAAUAACGUUCCCGAAACUUGAUAAAUUAUAUGUAAUUAUUAGUUAUCGUAUAUAUACAGGGUGCCCCAAAAAUGUCUC